UAAGUGGAGGUGGAGGAGAGUGUGGCCGGUGUCCACGAAAGUUGUCCCCAAAGAUCACACCAUGGCCGACAAAGGAGGAUACCCAGAGAUUGGGACCGUUCACAACACGGACAGUAAGGACUGAGACGCCCUUGAUUCUAUGGAGACGAUAUGGGAAUUUGAUCUCGGUGGUGGUGAAUUUCAGUGUCUCCGCUCCUUGCCCUCUUUCUUUUUCCUUGACCGGCAACCUAUUGGCAAAUCUCAUUCAUCAUGAAAACCCAUUCAAAGCUUAACGUCCUUUUUCAAGCAGAACCCUCUCUAACCUCAACCUAAAACCUUGUCCUAGAUAAGGUAUGUUUACAUACAAGACCCAAUCUCACAAGAAACCCACAAGAUAAGUCCCUCCAAAGACUCAAAUAAUAAGUACCAACUGGAAAAUCUGAGUCCUCAUCCGGAAGUCCCAAAACUCGGCGACAUUCUGACAAUGCUAGUGACCUUAGGGUUUUGAAUAUAGGUUGGAUCAUGGGUGGGAUGAUGAGAACUUGCGAAGAAAGGACCUCGACUCGACUGUCGACAUGGUCUUAGCCAAGGAUAGGGAUGUCGUCGCGGUUUUAGGUACACACACGGCAAGAACAUAUCCAACAAUCCCAAAUAUCCGUGCUCGGCCUGGGAUAUUUGUGGGGGUGGGUGAUAUUGUCCUCAACAAGAGAUUAGCAAUCCCGAGUAGGAGAUUCACUCCACUGGCUGCUGUCAACACUACUCAAACCGUCAGACUCUCGGAGACCUUCAUAAGAUUGAAAAAACAACGCAAAGUGGCAUCUACUCCAUACAUCACUGUUGGUGAUCCCGACCUUUGUACCACAAUAGAAGCAUUGAAGGUGCUUGACUCCUGCGGAUCAGACAUAAUUGAGUUGGGUGCACCAUACUCUGAUCCUUUGGCAGAUGGUCUAGUUAUCCAGGUUGCGGCUACACGUACCUUGGCAAGUGGGACCUAUUUCAAUGCAAUUAUUUUAAUGCGGAAGGAGGUGGUUCCACAAUUAUCUCGCCCACUUGCAUUAUUUUCAUAUCACAAUCCAAUUCUCAAGCGUGGUGUCAAAGAGGUGAGUCAAUUUGAUGCUUAUGUUGCAGUAAUCUCUAAUUCGUUGAGUUUUUCAUGGUUACUGGGGUGUGUUUCGGGCAAGGGCUUGCUUGUCUCUCAGUGGAUCCCAUGGAUGAAUUUUGGGUAUAAAAGAGUAAUGGGGUGUUUAUUUGAUGCAAGAUAGCUAUUUGAGAAAAUGCCUCAUAGAUAUGUGGAGUUAUGGAAUGCUAUGGUUUUUGUGUACGUACAAGGAAUGGCGCCUAGAGCUAUUUGUGGAAAUGUCAGUGAGGAGUAAUAACAAGGUCUCUACUACUGUAUCCCAAACAACUGCUGCUCCAAUUGAGAUUGUUAAAUUUCUGAUCCAGAACCAAUUUGAGAUCAACACCGAGAGGCUGUCUGUACUAUGCAAGUGUAUUAGGGAGUGUUUCGAGUCGACAAUGAAGGAUGAGGAUUUUGAAUCACUAUGGGAAGUCUUGUUAUCUGUGUAUAUCAUAACACAGUUUCCACAAGUAUCAACUGGCUCUGGAAUUCAUGAAGCAAGGGACCUUUGAGUGGAGUCAGGAUUCAUGGUUAUCCUCGAACCUGGAUUGGGAAGAUAUUUGGAAGCAUUGGCCCUAUUUUCUUUCAUUCUCACAAAUAUGCCAGUAGAAAUCCAUUCAAUACAAAAAACAUUCAUGAGUGCAAGGCCCAAAGUUUAUUGACCUUUUUGGUUAUUUUUUUUUUCAUGCCUUUGCUGUGGUAACAUUGGGUAAUGUGGUUCCAAUUGAUCAAAAUGUUCCUAGACUAAUGAGAGGGUCAAUAUAUGGGUUUCUACCAAGCAGCUUUGCUAUUUAUUUUGAUAAGAAACUCAACAUGAAAGAAGGAACAUUGAUCUGGAGUGUUGGUAGCCCAUCUCGUCUUCAUGAGGAUUCAAAAGAUCAUGUUUUUGAUGUUGCUAUAGUAUGGAAUCAAUUGGCUAAAACUUGGAAAUACCAUUUGAUAGAGGAACAAAUCUUGUGGCCCUUUGAUAGAGGAAAGGGAAAAGAAACUGUGGAAAUGUUGGAUGCCAGGUUCACCUUUGCAAGGAUUAAAGUAUAACGACAGCUUGUGGUUAAGGUGCUCUAAGGAGGGGAGAAUGUUAUGAACCUAACUGGGUGGAGUUCGAAGAUGUGCAGAGGCUGAAAUGAGGAGUUUGAAGUGAACUGCUGAAGAUGAAACAGUGUCGUGCAGGAUUGAAGGAAUACGGUGUCAGGCGAAGGUUGAAGGAAAACGAUGUGUUUUGGUUAUCAUUUGUUAAGAUGUGCAUUUCGAGCCUUAAGUGUUGCAUUUUAUAUGUC